UUUGCAUACCCCACGCUCUACGCUCCGUUGCAGGUGGUCGGGCGAUCAGAGGAAAGUUGGUAACUUUGGCGGUUACAAGUGCAUACGGGGUCGGGGCCGGUAUAUGUAUUUUUGGCGAGAACGAAUGGCCGCCGAAUAGCAGCCGCCUAAGCUCCCGUGGCCUCCCCCGCCGAUUUCGGGGCUCCCGGGACGCACCUUGCAUUGCCGGAAUGAAUGUCUGUGGAAGUGUGGGUGUCCCGUUGGAGUUUCUCCAGCUCAUUUCUUGAGGUCAUCCAACCGCUUAUCAGGCACACCCUUCAAAUAGCUGCAUUCUUACUCGACGCCAUCCCUUUUGACCCUCUGGCUGCGGUGGCUCGAUCUCCCAGCCCUCCUUCUAUUAUUGACUGGCACUCAGGGCCUUUUCCUGGGGAAAACCCACUUCCCCCCCGUGGAAUAAUGGCCACGCCCGCGGCAGGCUGGAGUGGUGGCCGGAGUCGCAAGUACGGACUACGGAGGACUAGGGUAGGACCGCGACCGUCAAUGGGCCCCGACCAAUGGGCAUGCACGAUGGGAGAAACCACUGACCCCCCCCCCGGAAAUACGAGCGGCGGUAGUGGUGUACGCAUGGCCGGGAUGCGCCCCAGCGCGCCCAUCCCACCGACUGCAUCCUUCCUUCUUGUUCUACUUACUUUGUGUCUACUAAUUGCGUAUCUAGAUUGUUCUGGGUACUACCGAGUACUAAUCUACAAUCUAUACACCCUUACCGUACGGAGUACCGAGUACCACCCCGUUAAUCAUCCCCUCCUCCCUCUCGGAAUCGCCUGGAUAGCCGUAGGGAUUCCGACCCUGGUCUGAUAAGAGCGUACUCGAAAUAAUCUUAUGAUAAUCGUAAUACAUAAAUAAAUUGAUUUCCAAUCCUCAGCCCCCUCGAGUUUCCUGGACGGUGUGUCCAUCUACUACUGGUUGCCAGAUUC